UCAUCAACCUCGGUCUCCACCAUUCACUUUCCAAAGUCGGCUUUUCAUCCUGACUUGAAUAUUGAUCCUUGUGCCUUGUUGCGUCAAUCCUAUAUCACUAGGAACCUCGACACUGGCAGCACCCGAACAUUGCAAGCACUGCGAUACUGCCAUCAUGAAGGCCAUUGUGAUGCAGGGCGAGCCCGGCAAGGCAUCGCUGGUCACUGAUCGACCAUAUCCUAAGCCUCGACCCGGUUAUCUUCUUGUCGAUGUCAAGGCUGUCGCGCUGAAUCCGACAGACUGGAAGCAUAUCGACUACACCAAUACGAAAAAUUGCCUAAGCGGAUGUGAUUACGCUGGAGUGGUCGCAGAGACAGGUACCGGCUACUCAAAGGCCUGGAAAGUCGGUGAUCGCAUUUGUGGCUUUGUUCAUGGAGGAAAUGACAGAGAGUCUGAAGAUGGUGCCUUUGCGGAACGCAUCGCGGUCAAGGCAGACAUCCAAAUGCGUAUCCCAGACAGCAUGUCCUUCGAAGAAGCAUCCACCUUGGGCGUAGGGAUCGUCACUUGUGGCCAAGGGCUUUUCCAGCAGAUGGGCUUGGACCUUCCCAGCAAGCCCAACAGCAAAGGUGAGUAUAUCCUGAUAUAUGGAGGCAGUUCUGCCACGGGAAGUCUAGGUAUUCAAUUUGUCAAAAUGGCUGGGUACACACCAAUCACCACUUGCUCUCCGCGAAAUUUUGGCCUCGUCAAAUCCUUAGGAGCAGCAGAAGCGUUCGACUAUAACGACCCGGAAUGUGCGAAGAAAAUCAGAGAGUACACCAACAACAACCUCAAGUAUGUGUGGGAUACGAUCUCGUUGACCAACACAGCUCAGAUCUGUACGGACGCAAUCGGUCCAGCCGGCGGCAUAUACGGCACUCUCCUGGUGGUCAAGUCUCCCCGGAACGACGUUAAGACCACCGUCUCUCUAGGAUAUACCGCAGCAGGUGAACCGAUCAAGAAAUGGGUUUGGGAUAUACCAGACACCACAGAAGAUUUUGAGUUUAUGAAGACAUGGCUUGCAGAGGUCGAACCUAUGUUGCAACAAGGUCGGGUGAAGGUUCAUCCGCCCAAGGUGGGAAAAGGACUUGAGAAUGUUUUCGAGGGUCUCGAUCUCAUGAGGCACGACAAAGUCAGCGGGCAAAAGUUGGUGUAUGUUCUGUGA